AUGAGUCCCUUCACGAGCUGGAGCUUCCAUCUCCUCUGUCUUCUCCUUGUGAUUGCCGAUUUUAGUGUCUUGGCAAGGCGCGGCGGGGGUUUUAGUGGUGGUUCUGGUGAUGGAGGAAGUGGUGGUGAUAACUCGUCCUCCGGCGGCGGUGAUGGAGGAGGAGAUGAUGGUAACGGCAGCGCCGCCAACGAAACAUGCCGAAGGGAAGCAAGAUACACUAGCCCUUUGUGGCUGCACCGUUGGGUCGGGACAUACUACAAUGGAACUAUUGACGUCUCCCUUACUAUCGACUCUUCCAACACAUCGUGCAGCAGCCAGUCCGCCGCGGUUAAUGAGACCAUGAACGGCGUCUUGUCGAUACUGGAACCAUCGUACUCAGGGGCAGAGACCUCCGAUGUUAGCAUGCUUGCGGAAAAUCCCUUUAUCUUCAUCCUCUACGGCUGGCCCACCACUGCUACGCAGGCUGAUCUACUUGGCCCUCGAUACUACCCCUCGUAUCUUCCUCCAAUUGUCAAACUCUCAUUAGAGUCUCUCGCGAUGUUCAGAGAGCUCGAGAUCGGAAGACUUCCGUCAGCGAAUGUUACGAGGUCCAACCUACCAACCUGUGAGGUGGGCAACAUCACAAACACCGAUUCUGGCUACAGUUUCACCUGUCAGUACGGCAUUGAACCGCGAACCUUCGAAGACCCUAGCCAGUUUUCCGUCCCCCUGAGUGCUUGCAACGACUCCCGUACCUACCCAUUCACGGCCCAGAACGAUGGAUCGACCCUCUUGCGUGGCACGUUUAACCCCGAUUCCGCCGAUUUUAGCUGGGAUGGCAGCUUCAUCGGCGCAUUUCAGCCCUAUGCAAUUAAGAGCGGAUUUCCUUUCAACACCGCACGAGAGGAGCCCGAUGAAUAUCAAUACGGAAAUUUCACGGUCAGAUUUAGAGGCUCUGUGGAUGCAGAACACAGCCACGAGAUGGUCGUGUCGUCUAAUCGGAAUGUCAGUUGGGUAGAGGAUGCGGAAAAGGAAGAGGCAGCUACUUUCUGCUCUGCGUCGCUAGCAGUCAAUCUUCGUGUCGAAACGUGGUUGAUGUAUCUUCUGCUAGGCAGUUCGGGUUUCAUCUGGCUAUGUUGA